AGUUAAUUUGUUGAAAUUCUCAAAGGUUUUUGAGAUUCUUCGGCAAAAUGCGUAUUGAAACUUGUUAUUUUUGCUCCAGCAAAAUCUAUCCUGGUCAUGGAGUACAAUUCGUAAGAAACGAUUGCAAGAUUUUCAAAUUCUGCCGUGGAAAAUGCCACAAGGCAUUCAAACGCAAGAAGAACCCACGCAAAGUGCGCUGGACUAAAGCCCACCGCAAGGCUGCCGGCAAAGAGUUGUCCAUCGAUCCCAGCUUUGAGUUUGAGAAGCGACGCAAUGUGCCGAUCAAAUACAAUCGUGAAAUGUGGCAGAAAACUUUGGAUGCCAUUAAGAAGGUUACAGAAAUCAAAGAGCGUCGCCAGGGACAAUUCAUCAUGGAGCGUUUGCGUAAGGGUCGUGAAGUCGAAAUUCAAAUGGAUGUCAAGGAUGUGCAGCGCAACAUUUCACUUAUCCGUUCACCUGCUGCUGGCUUAAAGGAGAGACGUGCCAAGGAGGAAGCCGAGGAGGCGGCUCUUAUGGAACAAGAUUUGCCAGAGGAGGAGAUUACCUAUGUCGAUGCCAGAGAAUUAGAAAAGAAACUGGAGGAAGGUGUUAUGGACGAGGAUCUGGAAAUGAUGAAAGUAUAAACGUAACCCUCCGCAUGCACAUACUUAGAUAUAAG